CGCGAUGGUCUGGUGCAUCUGCUUUCUCUCCGAGGAGGAGAAAAACGCCGUCGCCAUAGAUAAAGAAAUCAACCGGCUUCUCCAGGAGCAGAAGAAGAGAGAUCGGUGGGAGCUGAAGCUGCUUUUACUCGGUACUGGAGAGAGUGGGAAAAGUACCUUCAUCAAACAGAUGAGAAUAAUCCAUGGCUUGGGCUAUACGGAGGAAGACCGCAAAGAAUUUGCUAAGGUGGUUUAUCAGAACAUCUUCAUGUCCAUUCAGGCUAUGGUCAGGGCUAUGGAGAUUCUCCAGAUCUCCUACGCCCAGCCGGAAAAUGCGCAAAAUGCUCAGCUGCUGAUGGCUGUGGAUACUUACAAAAUGAAGGAGAUGGAUGCUCGCCAUGCAAGGAUGAUCAAAAGCCUGUGGAGAGAUGCCGGGAUUCGAACCUGCUACCAGAGGCGAAGCGAGUACCAUUUGCUGGAUUCCACUUUCUACUUCCUGUCCAACCUGGACCGCAUUGCCGCGGCAGGGUACGUGCCGAGCCCUCAGGACAUCCUGCGGACGCGGGUGCCGACGACGGGCAUCAACGAGUACUGCUUUUCGAUGCAGAAGGUGAGGCUCAGGAUCGUUGAUGUAGGCGGGCAGAGGUCGGAGCGUCGUAAGUGGAUCCACUGCUUUGAGAAAGUGAUUGCCCUCAUCUACUUGGCUUCUCUCAGUGAAUAUGACCAAUCUCUGGAGGAGAACACAAGCGAAAACCGGAUGAGGGAGAGCCUCGACCUCUUCAGGACCAUCCUGGAGCUUCCGUGGUUCUGGAAUACUUCCAUCAUCCUCUUCCUCAACAAGGUGGACAUCCUGGAGGAGAAGAUCUUGAGUUCCGACCUGGCUGCUUAUUUCCCAAGUUUCCCAGGCCCCAAGCAAGACGCUCACGCAGCCAAGCAGUUCAUUCUUGAAAUGUACAUGGACACCUUCAGGAAGUUCUUGGUCCCUGGCGAUGACGUCGGAGGGGGUCCUUCCAUCGACGUCUACCGUCCCCGGAUCCUAUACUUCCACUUCACCUGUGCCACGGACACGCAGAACAUCGGCACGGUUUUCGAGGACAUUAAGGACGCGGUCCUGGCCGCCUACCUCGACGAGUUCAACCUGCUCUAGAAGGGUCUUGCGGCCACUUCUGAAGGACCCCAAUGACUCCACUUGUUUGCCUUAGAGGAGGCCUGGCGCAUGGAAGGCCAAACCGGCGGCUCUAAAGGCCCGUUUUAAAACGCUGGCAGGAACUGAGGUCUGUCCAGUGGCAUCGCCCCUUGGGAAUCCCAGAGGUGGGGGACGGACGGACGGACCUGGUUUCUGCAGGCUGAGAUAUGACCCGCUCCAUUUAAAAGGGAUUUCAAAACCCUGUGC